AUGGAUACUAGCUACUUAUCGUCGCAGGUCUCGACGAUCAUAGAUCAGCUUCAUGGCUUGUUCGAUGAAAUUGGUGUUCCGUCGCGGGAACGAGAGACUCGAGAAUCAGAGUUAUUCGCUGCCCUCUCCGAGACCUUACACAACCAAGUACGAUUGGUCGCGGACGAGAAAAAUGAUUUGACGGAAGAAGCUCGCCGUAUUAUUACAACAAUUAAGCAGAUGGAAGCUUCCCUCGAUGAUGAUAAAGAUCACCAUGAAUAUGAACCUGAAGACGAGGAUCUCCAAAUUACUUAUCCCUUGUUGCAAUGUCUACAAGAAUUAAAAGAAAAACAUCUUCAUAUAUCAAAGAUACAUAGAGAGAGAUUUGAACAAGUCAAGAAACUUGUUCAAGCUCUUGAGUCAUACUCAUCCCAUUUAGAGCCAUCUUUCAUUAAAAUCGAACUCCCACCCACAUCUUUGAACGCGAGUAUUCCUCCCACAUUCGACCUUUCAAACAACUAUGUUAGCGAUCUCGACGAUGAAUUCACCCGCGUUUACGAAGAGUAUACCCGCCGUGUCGCACUAGUAAAGGCUACUGCGGAAAAUAUUAUUCAACUAUGGGCUGAACUUGGCACGCCACAGGCUCAAACCGACAGCGCAAUUGUUAAAUACUAUCGCGAUGCGCCAGAGCAACUUGGUUUACACGAAGAUGAUAUCUCCAGAUUGCGCAUGAAGCAAAGCAAAUUGGUAGAUGAGAAGAAGAGUCGAGAGAAGCGCUUGAGAGAUCUACGUACUACAGUCGAGGCUUUGUGGGCAAAGCUGGGCAUCGACGAGUUUGAACAGAAACGAUUUUUGAACGGCAACCGAGGAUUUGGCCUACGACAGAUCAACGAAUUCGAAGAUGAAUUAUCAAGAUUGAAUGAGCUCAAGAGACAGAAUCUACAUCUAUUUGUUGAGGAUGCCCGAUACAAAUUACAAGAGCUGUGGGAUGGUCUGUUCUUUUCUGAGGAAGAGAUGCUCGAGUUCACUCCCGCAUUCUCAGAUGUCUACAGUGACGCUCUUUUGGAAGCUCACGAACAGGAAAUCGGCCGUCUUGAGGUCCUUAAAGAACAACGCGCACCCACUUUAGCUCUCAUCGAGGAACAUCGAUCACUUGUCAAAGACAGAGAUGAUCUUCAAGCAUCAUCACAAGAUGCAAGUCGUUUGAUGAUGCGUGGCCAAAAGGGCGAAAAGCGUGAUCCAACACGUUUGUUGCGUGAGGAAAAGAUGAGGAAGAGAAUCGCUAAAGACUUACCAAAGAUUGCAGCAAAACUGAGAAGUGUUCUAGAGGAGUGGGAGGAAGAAUAUGGUCGUCCAUUUAUGGUACACGGUGAACGAUACCUUGACGAAUUGGAAGCUUCUGAAGCCAAAUCUGCUCCAGGACCACGUUCAAAAACACCGGCAGGACCACCUCCAAGUACCAUGAAGCCCCCUCCAAAAACUGUUGUCAAGGCUGGAACAUUGGGUCGCUCUAACAGCGCACCAAGACCUGCUCCACCAAAUAGAUCUGGUGCCAAAACACCCACCGCAGGAGGGACAAUCAGGAGACAUCAAUCUUCCGCUUCAGUAUCCGCAGCGAGUGGUAUAAAAUCACCUUCUAGGCUCCCAAAUCGUAUACCUUUGUCAAGUCUUAAGCUUCCCAACUCUCCAGAACGCGAUCGACGAACUGGAUCUAUGCGUCCCGAAUCAAGACAAGCGACUAGCACUAUCCGGGGCAAGAUGGGUCCACCACCAUCAAGAGCUCCACCCCCAAAGAUGCGUGAGCUAUUUGAACCACCACCUUCGGCUCCUCCAACUCAAACAUACUAUCAUCGCGAUGAGAGCUUUAAUUCUUCAACUGGUAGUGUCCGACCAGUCUCUCCCGAUGAUGUUUUCGAAGCACCACCACCAAAGGCUAAGGAAAGACCUCAGUCGUAUCAGGACUUGAGAGCAUCAAUGCGAUCAAAUUUCGGCCAAUCAUUAACUUAUGGAUCUGCGCCACCUGCUAGCAGUCGUCAACUUUCUACUACAUCUAGCUCCGCAAACACUGGCUCUGGCUCUGAGAACUGGGAAACUUAUGGAGAUGUAUCUGAGACUGAGCCAGAAGAAGACUCAAAUGAGGAUUAUUUCGCGAAACUUCGAGCUGCUAGAGCAAAUCGAUACACUCCGGAUGAUGAAGCUCCUCCAUUCCGUGGUAGUGCUACUAUAAAUAGUAGUAUGAUGAAGAAAAAGGGUUAUCCACUUUACAAAGGACCUGCUGGGCAAGUUCUUAGUAAUGAUCGAUUGUGCACACGAAUUGUUUCUGGAAGUGAAGCUAACUGGACUGAUGAAGAUGCUUUUUAA